CAGCUAGCCAGAUUCUGUCAUAACGGCUUCGGCACUCGUGGCGUUCGUUUCGCUUUUUCCACCAGCAAUUAUUAGCCAACGCAAAGUUCCCAAUUCUCAUUUCAAGCCGCUUUCGAAAACGUUUUUUCAAGUUCAACCGCCCAACUUGACUUUACCAUUUUUUUUGCUGUGUUUUUUCAACGCGAGUUUAGAACAAAAAACAAAAUAAAACAAAAAACAAUUACCAAGCUCUGGAAAAAAACACUCAACAAAUAUUUGAAUCGAAUCCGGAAUCCAAAAAUUCAACAAAAAGAAAAACACACAACAGCAGCAGCAGCAGCAGCAGCUAAACCGGCGGAAACUUCAUCAUGUGGUCGAAUGGAGAAAAAUGACCCUCCUGUCGAACAUUCUUGAUUCCGGAGGUGGCAUUUCCGCCCAGCGUUUCACCCGCUUGCUGCGCCAGUCCAGCUCAUCAGGAUCCUCAUCGGCAUCUGCAUCUGCAUCCUCAUACGGAACCUUGGAGUCCAAGUCCAUGCUGGAACCGACAUCCUCGCACACUCUGCCAGGCGGACGAGUGCCAAUCCUGCACGAUUUUGAUUCCUCGACAACGGAAUCGCCAGGAGCAUACCUGCUCGAUGGUGUGGCCAGCGUGGCCAAGAUGGCCCUGGAGCCAGCUGUCAUGGACGUCCUGCCCGAUCCGGAUACGGAUCAGGUACUCAGUAAUCUCAACAUCACCGCACCAUGGAAUUUAACGCUCGCAUCGGCAGCGGCCACCAAUUUUGAGAACUGCUCGGCGCUUUUUGUCAAUUACACCCUACCCCAAACAGGUCUCUACUGCAACUGGACAUGGGACACAUUGCUCUGUUGGCCGCCCACUCCGGCUGGGGUCCUUGCACGGAUGAACUGUCCUGGCGGAUUCCAUGGCGUGGAUACACGCAAAUUUGCCAUCCGAAAGUGCGAGUUGGAUGGCCGAUGGGGCAGCAGGCCAAAUGCCACCGAGGCGAGUCCUCCGGGAUGGACGGACUAUGGGCCAUGCUACAAGCCGGAGAUUAUCCGCCUCAUGCAGCAGAUGGGCAACAAGGACUUCGACCUCUAUAUAGACAUUGCCAGGAAGACCAGAACCCUGGAGAUCGUGGGUCUUUGCCUUUCCCUAUUUGCUCUGAUAGUCUCGCUGCUGAUAUUUUGCACAUUCCGCUCCCUGAGGAAUAAUCGCACCAAGAUCCACAAGAACCUCUUCGUCGCCAUGGUGCUGCAGGUGAUCAUUCGGCUGACCUUGUAUCUGGAUCAGUUCCGGCGGGGCAACAAGGAGGCGGCCACCAACACGAGUCUCUCCGUCAUUGAGAAUACGCCGUAUUUAUGCGAGGCCUCGUAUGUCCUUCUGGAGUACGCCCGUACCGCCAUGUUCAUGUGGAUGUUCAUCGAGGGUUUGUACCUGCAUAAUAUGGUGACGGUGGCCGUUUUCCAGGGCAGCUUCCCCCUUAAGUUUUUCUCGCGACUUGGCUGGUGUGUUCCCAUCUUGAUGACCACCGUUUGGGCGAGGUGUACGGUGAUGUAUAUGGACACGACGCUGGGCGAGUGCUUGUGGAACUACAAUCUCACACCCUACUACUGGAUCCUCGAGGGACCAAGACUAGCAGUUAUACUGCUCAAUUUCUGUUUCCUGGUAAAUAUAAUUCGUGUGCUGGUGAUGAAGUUACGCCAAUCGCAGGCCAGCGAUAUAGAACAGACGCGGAAGGCCGUUAGGGCAGCGAUAGUCCUACUACCACUAUUGGGUAUUACCAAUCUGCUGCAUCAACUGGCUCCCCUGAAAACGGCCACGAACUUUGCGGUCUGGUCGUAUGGCACCCACUUUCUCACCUCGUUCCAGGGAUUUUUCAUAGCUCUCAUUUACUGCUUUCUAAAUGGUGAGGUCCGGGCAGUGCUGCUGAAGAGUCUGGCCACCCAGCUGUCGGUUCGAGGUCAUCCGGAAUGGGCGCCGAAGAGGGCGUCUAUGUACUCGGGGGCCUAUAACACGGCGCCGGAUACGGAUGCAGUGCAGCCGGCUGGCGAUCCAUCGGCCACCGGGAAACGAAUAUCACCCCCGAAUAAAAGGCUAAAUGGAAGAAAGCCGAGCAGUGCCAGCAUUGUGAUGAUCCAUGAGCCUCAACAGCGUCAGCGCCUGAUACCACGGCUUCAGAACAAAGCGCGCGAAAAGAGCAAGGAUCGAGUGGAGAAGGCGGAACCGGAAACGGAACCGGAUCCAGCCAUCUCGCGGAUUCACAGCAAGGAAACGGGAGUAGGAGGAGGCACGGGAUCACGGACUCGCGGCUCCAAGUGGAUAAUGGGCAUCUGCUUCCGGGGUCAAAAGGACAAAUGUGUGAUGCCGGGCUCGCAGAAGACGCAGCAAAUAUUUAUGACGUCGCAAAUGGCGCCGACGUCGACGCUGGCAGCGGUAGCUACAACAAUAACCACUACGACCACAACAACAACCGCAGCAGCAGCAAAAACAACAAUAGCCACUAUCGCAACAAUCGCAACGAUUACGAAGUCAAAGGCAAAAGCCAAAGCGAUUACGAAAAUGCCGAAAGCUUGAAGCGCCUCGAUCUCCAUCCCCUCCCUCAUUCACACACACACACCAUCUUGCUCUCCUUCUUUCCGUGUUCCUUAUGGAUAGAAAACGAAAGCGAGAGAAAGAAGAAGAGCCUAGCCUAGCACUUGCAAGCGCAACUGUACUAAACUAAACAAAACUAAACUAAAAAGCUGAAGGGUAUGCACGAUUUUUGUAUACAGCGGCUUCGAAAGUACCGCAAUAAGUUUCAAUAGGAUAAAUACCGAUCAAUAUACACACACACACAUACAUACAUAUAUGUAUCCAAUAUUUUUGUAUAUUUACCAACAGACUGUUGGGUCACAAUUUUUUUUGGCAUAUACAUAAAUAUAUAUAUAUAGAAAAGGAUAUGUGUAAUUGAUAAAUGUAAUUGUUAAUCGAUUUUUUUUAAAAGAUGCUUAAUAUACAUACAUAUAUGUAACGGUAUUUACAUAAAGCAUACAUAGAGAAAAACAUAUUUACAUACUUCGUAUUUACACUGUCGCAUGCAAAAGAGAAACCUGAUAGAAAUGUCGGAGCAUAGAUCGUAUAUUGAAUAUACAAACAUAUAUAUUAUGAUUACACCCGUAAAGAGAGUACAAAGCACUUGGAAUGGUAAAGAGGAACAAAGAGUAAAUAAACGGAAAUUGAACGUAUCAUUAUGUCACAUCAUCUGAUCAACGAUCAGUGCGAAUAUUCAAUAUUCAACCUAACUUUAAGCUUACUAUGCAUUUCAAAUGGAAUAUUUUGUGUGUGUGAGAAAUCACGAAUCGCGUUUUGAUUUCCUUUUUUUUUUGGGUUCUUUUUCGCUUCACGCAAUUUUCAAAACUAAGAAUUAAAGCCGAAUUUAGAAUGGGAACCUUAAAGCCAGAACACCCAGUGGUCGCUGGCAAACUAUUACGUGUUUAAGGCUAAAUGGAAAAUGAAUAAACAUGAUUUUAUAUGCAUAAAUACUAAACUAAUGCACCUGCCUACUUUCUUAAUCUUGACUUUGGAUCAGGUCCGAAUGCUCAUACAGAUUGGCACGAGCUGCUAAUGGGUAUUUAAGCUCCAAAAACGGAAAAGAUAUUAAUCGGACGAUUUAAUGGGCCAUCAAAUUAUUGUUGGGGAUCUCUAAAUGAUCUUUAAAUUAUUGAUUGAGUGAUUCAAAUUCUCCAGAAUGCAUUUGUAGGAACAAAUUCAAUUGCCUACUUAAAGAGAAAAGCGAUUUGCCUAUCGUUAGCUAUCUUCGAAGCUCAGAGCUUCCUAUUCUAAACUGUCUCAAUUACAUCCGAAUUAGGCUACUAAUUGCUAGUGCUAGGCAAACCGACUUGCAUAUUAAUAGCCUAUUUAUAGUUUAUAAAAAUGCUUUGAAGGUAUGAAGGGUAAACAAAUAAACAUGCACUGAGAAAAAAAGUGGCACAAAAGAUUUGGAAAAAAAUGUUCUUUCCAAAGGGGUUUCCAACUUCAUUACUACGUAUACUUAAUAUUUUUAUUGUACCUAUUUGGUCAUCCUAUAUUUAAUGUAAAUGAUUAAUUUAAAAUCAUUCAAUUUUUUCUAACUAAUUUCAGUACUUAUUAUUUUUUGCGUAUACUUGAUAUUUUAUCCCUACAUUUUCGGCGUAUACUUAAUAUUUCUUGCUAUACCUUCUACGUAUACGU